AUGAAUCAAAAAAUUUCCUCUGUUAAUGUGCCUUUAGAAGAUUUAGACUUUUUUAACAUUGAAGGUUUCAGACAUGAUGGAUUUUUAGGAUGCUCAAAUGCCCCAGUUUAUAGAUACGUCGAUAUUAAUAAAAGCGAUCACAUACUAGCCUUUAAAGAACUAAAGAUUAAAGAUGAUGAGGAUUAUAAAAGAGUAGUUUCUAAUUUUAAGACACUACAGAGAAUCAAAGUAAAUAAGCAUCCAAACAUUAUCCAAAUACUUGGCUUCUGCAAGUCAAUUAAGCAGAAAGUCUACGGAGAGGAUAUUUCAGCUUACUUAAUUAUGGAGCAUUGUGAAGGAAAUUUAGACGAUUAUAUAUAAAUGAUGAAAAAAUCAGGAAAUCAAUUCACCCUGACAGAAAUUAAAAAAUUUUUUUCUCAAACUAUUUCUGCCUUAGAGUUUUUGCAAUCUAAUUUAAAAAUAGCUCAUCGCGAUAUCAAACCAGAAAAUAUUUUGGUGGAUAAAACAAAUUUUAAAAUUGCUGAUUUGGAUGAUUCUAAGAUUGACCUAAACAAAACUAUGGAAAAAUCUUUGGUUUUAGGAACUUUAAGCUUUAUGGCACCUGAGUUGCUCAAAGCAUAUAAUAGAAUGAAGGACAGAUUAUCCUACAAUGCCUAUAAAUCAGAUGUUUAUAGUUUAGGGUUAUGCCUACUUUAUAUGUGUACUUUUAAGAAAUUUUCAAAAGAUGAAAGACUAAAUGGAGUAAUUAACAAAACUGCAUAUCUUAAACAGGUCAAGCAACUACGUUCCUAAGUAAAAGAAAGAUAUGGCAGCGUUCUUUCCAAGCUUAUUAAAAUGAUGCUGGAAAUGGAUGCUGCUUUGAGACCUGAUUUUACUACUCUAAAAAAUAUUGCGAUUGAUAAAGCAUUUUUAGAAGAGUCAGACUUUUUUUAAACAAACAAUAAUUAAACUUAAAUGAGAUAAUAAAUUUCGAUAGAUUUAAACAGCUUAGCAAGAAAGAAGCAACAUUGCAUACUAUCUGAUUCAGAAGGAACUACUGCUCACUACAGUUCAGAUAAUUAAGACACUUCAGAAGGCAGCUAAAGAUAAAAAGAAUACUUUAUGAAUAUUCAAAAUGGCAAUUACCACCGCUGCCCAAUUUAAUAUUAAUAGUAAGGAGAUCGUUGCAAUAAUCUUCAAAGUAAUUUACCUAGAAAUACUAUGUAAAAGUAGCACAGCAAUCCUAAUCAAAGGGAUCUCUGCUUAACUCCUGAAAAGCCCAAAUCAUUAAGUAUAAGUCAUGCACCUAUAAGAUCAAAUUUUUCUCAAUAAUUUUAAAAUUAAAACAUAAGAAAUACAUUACACAUAGAUCCAAAUUAUAGUUAAUCAAGACACUCUUUAGUUAAUUAAAGAUAGUCACCACCUUAAGCUUUUUCAUUUGAUCAAUAGCGCAACUCUAAUCAUUAGGGAAAUAUGAAUCAUACGGAAUAAGGAAUGGGAGGCUUCUGCUCAUAAAACAACUCAAAUUAAACGGGCAACGGAAUACAAAUAAAUUUUAAUUUUUAAGGCCAAGGUAGCAUAUAAAACUAAGCACAAACAAAUUUCAACACAUAAAUAAGGAAGUUUUCUUCAAAUAUUCCUAAUAGUUAAUGCUAAAAAAUAAGCUCUGCGUAUAUAGGUACUAUGCCAGAACCAAUUUUAGAGUAUAAUUCAAUGAAGCAUUUAGAAGAAAGAAGUAAUACAGGUAAUACAGACAGGACAGAGAGUAACUAAAGCAAUUGCUAUUAUUAAUAAAAUUCAGCCAGUAAGCAUAAAGAGCAAUCUAAUUAAUCUGGUUAAGUAAGUAGAACAAACUCAUAAGUGAGCUAUAUCAAUAACAAAACAAACAGCUAAUAAGACAAUUCCGUAUAUCCUGAAAGCUAAAUUUCAAAUUCUGUGAUAGCUGAACGCCAAAAUACAUUUACAGUUAGUGAAAUAAUCAGAGAAAAUUAAAAUAUAAAAUAACAGUAACUAAAUAAAUAUUAAGACGAGGAUUAAUACAUAGAUGACGGAAGUCAUAGAGACUACAUCGAUAACUUUGAAUGUUAAGAACAUCGCAAAUAAGAAUAUUAUGCUCAUGACCAAGUUGAAUAAUCUUAUAGUAAAAGAGCAGCAGCAUAAAAUAGAUAGAAAUACUUAGUGUCUACUGAGUAAUCUUCAAACUCUUCAUCAUCAUAACACAAUGAAUUUCAUCAAAAUUAAAAGAAUUAAACAAAAGAUAUUAACAUUUUCGAUGACAAUAACCAAGCUACAUGCAUUUCAUAGAAGAAGAAAAAAUAGAACUUCAGUGAAAAUAUGGUUAAAAUUGUUGAAGAUGACAAUAACUUUUUUGAUACUUUUAUCGAUAGUUAAUCUUAAACUCCCAAUCAAAAUACAUUAGCUCCUUAGCCUGAAACCGUUCGCAGAAAUUAUCAUUAAUUCUAAAACCCUGAUUAAAUACGUAGAUUAUCAAAAUAAAGAAAAACUUUAGCAAUUGUAAUUGUAAUAAUGAUUCUUUUCACAAUUGCUCUCGGAUUGUUCUAUAUAAUUUAAUCAAAUUAAUCAAAUAAUCGAUCAAAUUCUAGAACUUCAGAUAAUAAUGGUCCUGAUGCAGACCCAAAAACUUAUACAGUUGAUGAAUGCAAAUAAUAAAAUAAAAUGUAUUUAGCUGGAAAAUGCUACACGAAGUGCCCGUAGCAGAAUUAUUAUCCUGAUACGGAUCAAAUGAUAUGUGUGCAAUGCGACCCCUCGUGCUUAGAAUGCACUUGGGGUGAAGCCAAUUCAUGCAAAAAAUGUAAAUAAGACCUGUAUCUUCUUAGUCUCAAUUAGCAGACUGGUAUGUGUGUUAGCGACUGUCCUAAUUAUUUUAGAAAAGAUAGCUCUAUAAAUAAAUGUAUGAAAUGUCCAGAAAACUGCAUAACGUGUUCAUCCUAACCAAAUAAACGGUAAUUGGAAACUAUAAAUUCUACAGCAGAGCAAUAUGUUGUUUGCUAGAAAUGUUCAAUAGAGUAUUAUUUGCUAGGUGAUAAUCUUUGUGUAAAUGUCUGUCCAAAAGAUACAAUAACUGAUACCUAAAAUAGAAAAUGUGUAGUAUAAACGAGGAUAUUUUGA